AUGAGUGAACCUGCGUACAAUGCCAUUGAAGACUACGGUCUGAUUGGGGACAUGCACACCUGUGCCCUGAUUAGCAAGGCCGGUAGUUUGGAUUACAUGUGCUGGCCAGUCUUUGACUCUCCUACCGUUUUCUGUCGCCUGCUAGACGCCAGAAAAGGAGGUUUCUUCUCCGUGAAGCCCUACAAGACGGUGGUAGAUGCCCACAGUAAGCAGCGGUAUCUUCCAUACUCGAACCUGCUUGAAACCAGAUGGACCAACGAGGAUGGUGUCGCGACAUUGCUGGACUACUUCCCCGUCACACCCAAAAAGGGUGCGCAGUCGUCCCGGUUGCUGUCGGGAUACUGUCCUUGCAAUGAACCGGGGACCAAUCGCUUCAAAUCGGGACUGCAGCACUCAGGCCUGAUCAGAAAGCUGGAGUGUAGCCGUGGCUCGAUGGAAUUGCAAGUGCAGCUAUUCCCAGCUUUUAACUAUGCGCGUGACUCGCACAACACCCGUGCAAAGCUGGAAAACGACAUGUCCAAGCACCGGCUGCAGACCGUCCACUUUGAGAGUGAGUCAGAGCGGCUGCAAGUCGAGAUCUUUGCCGAUUCACGAGAGCCAGAUAAGCUUGGUUUCCCCCCGGCGUCUUUGAAACUGGAAGAACGAGAUGGUCUUCGUGGACGCGGAUUGGUGGCCUGGAUCCGUCUGUCGGAGGGUCAAACCAUUCAUCUGGUGUUGCACAGUCCCGAGAAGGCUGUCCCCAGCUCGGCGACCAUGGCAGCCUACCUCUUGAAAAUGGAGGAGGAAACUUCUGACUAUUGGACCGAUUGGACACGCAAGUGUGCUUUCCGUGGUCAUUACCGGGAGACAGUUGAGCGCAGUCUCCUCAUCCUGAAGCUGUUGACCUACAAGCCGACCGGUGCAAUUGUCGCGGCGCCCACUUUCUCGCUCCCCGAAAAUGUGGGAGGUGCUAGGAACUGGGAUUAUCGAUACUCCUGGGUGCGUGACACAGCCUUCACGUUGUAUGUCUUUCUCAAAAUGGGAUACAGCCAAGAAGCGGAAGCAUAUGUCAACUUCAUCUUCGAGCGGGUCUUCCCGCAUGCUUCUCAGGACCUUGAUCCCAACAGCAAAAAGCCCUUCUUGCCGCUGAUGUUCACUAUCCGGGGUGAAUACGACAUUCCCGAGGUGGAACUGGACCACCUCGAAGGGUACAAAGGCAGCAAGCCCGUUCGCAUUGGCAAUGCUGCUGUCUUCCACACGCAGCUGGAUAUCUACGGCGAAUUGUUGGACAGUAUCUACCUGUACAACAAGCACGGAAACCCCAUAACCUAUGACCAAUGGAACUCCAUUCGGCGUAUGAUCAACUACGUUGUCGGUGUUCGGAACCAGAAGGAUAUGUCCAUUUGGGAAUCGCGUGGCCAGAUCCAAAACUUUAUCUAUUCGAAGAUCAUGAUGUGGGUGGCCCUGGAUCGCGGAAUCCGCCUUGCGGAGAAGCGUGCUAGCCUGCCAUGCCCCGAUCGCUUUGAAUGGAUCAGGGUCCGUGACGAGAUGUACGAUGAAAUCAUGACCAAGGGGUACAACGAAGAGCGUGGCCAUUUCUGCCAGAGUUAUGAGAGUCCCGAGGUCCUAGAUGCGUCUAUCUUGAUUGCACCCUUGGUCUUCUUCGUUGCUCCCAAUGAUCCGCGAUUUAUCAGCACGCUGAAAAGGAUUUUGCAAAGCCCCGAGAAGGAGGGUCUGUCCAGCGCCAAGAUGGUGUUCCGAUAUGACCACCAGAAGGCCAAUGAUGGUAUGACCGGAGGCGAAGGUGCCUUCAUCAUGGUAACCUUCUGGCUUGUCGAAGCCAUGGCUCGUGCUGCCAAAUACGAUGUGCCUAUUCCAAAUAUCUGGAAACUUGCGCUUUCGCACUUUGAUAACAUCCUGUCCUACGCGAAUCAUCUGGGAAUGUUUUCUGAAGAAGUGGCCAUUUCUGGAAUCCCCACUUGUCUAAUGGCAGGCGCCAGCUUGGAUUGGGCUGAUAAGCCUAACACCGAUCUCGCCUUAUCAUCGGAUGAAGAGGGCUUGGUCUCCAGCCCAAGUACUACUUCAAGGGAGCUUGAAGGCGCUGCCAAGCAAAAUCUAACACUAACUUUGGGGAAUCUGCGCUUGGAGCAAGAGGGCUUCAAUCAAUCCUCCGAACAGGACGCGACUCCAACAACUCCCCGCACCGAAGGCCCAAAUCAAACCCCCCCAGAACUGGAAAUGGCCAACAACCCUCUGCAGCUGCUGGAUCUACCUUUGGACAUUUUGAAAGAGAUCAUCAAAGAGGUGACCCAUACGACUGACCUGACCUCACUCGCUCUUACUUGCUCCGCUCUUCAUUCCUUGGCUAUUCCGCACAUGUACUCCCGUUUCGACAUCGUCUGGCCUGAGUCGCUGAACCCAUCAACGGAUGACUACUCGGGGGUGGAUGCUCUGUCUUAUGGUCUUUCCACAUUGGUCAUGGGCGAGGAUGUAUUCAAUCGGCUGCCACUGUUCCCAUCUGACCAAGCCAAAAGUAGCUGUGUGAAUUGUGGUUGUGAUAACCUCCAUCAUCAGCCGAACUCGGACCCUGGGGACAACGGAGUUCGCCUCCGGUCGAGACGAGGCAAUCACUAUGCACAGUAUACCCGCACAUUCUCUAUUGGAAAUGGCCCGCUCAGCUGGGUACAAGAAUACUCGGUGACUAAAGAAGUGGGUAAGAUGCUAGGGACGCUGGUCGCUUUAGCAGUUGCACGGAUGGUGAAUCUCGAAGCCUUCAUUUGGGACAUGCCCACCGGAGUAGUCCGCGAAAUUUGGCUGGCGCUUGCGUCAUUGGCAGAUCGGCCAGGGCAAGACUGUCGCCUGGAGCGUGUUUGGGUGCGCUGGCAUGACAAUUCAGAGAAUGCUUUGCGCAGUUCGUCAGCAGCGGCAACGAGGCUCUUCCAAAAAUACAAACACGUGGAACAUCCUUCCUUGUCGGUAUUGCCUCCACUCAAGAACGUAGCUGUUCUUGACAUCGAUGAACCCGCUUAUGUGGAGGAGCUGGCACUUCUCAUUGAUCGGUCACGUCACCGUCUAUCCGAACUCCGAAUUGGCAUUGCCGAAAAGGCAUAUAUGAGUGCGUGGCUGCUUUGUGGGAAGGAGUCUGAUGGUUCAACAAGCUGGCCUAGAGCCGACGGUGUACUUGGUAUCUUGACAAGACGGCAUUUAGACAACAAGCAAGAUAAUGCCAUCAUCGCCUCGCCCGAUGAUGAUAAGUCGCUGUCAUCUGAGAGUGCGAUAAGCAAGUCACUAAACUCUACUGAGAGCACAGUCCCAUUGACUACAAAUGAAGAGCAGCAGUCUCCCAACACCACCAAGGACAAGAAGUCCCCACCAAGCUCUGGUUUGCCCAAACGGAGUGCCCGCUCACCGCUACCUUCCUAUGAAUCUGACAGUGAAAUACUUUGCCUCAAAGUACUCGAGCUUGAACGCGUACCUCUUUCUGUGCCAACGCUAUUGCCGGCUGUUGACUGGACUGGACUGACUACUCUCACCAUCAUGCGAUGCGAGGAUCAUGAAAAGCUGUGGAGGGCUCUCCGUCGCAAGUAUGCUCCUCCUGUGAUGCCGACAAAACGUCCACAGGAUGCAGAGCGUCGAGCAAGUGUUAGCUCAGUUGAAUACUCGCUAAAUUUGAAGCAUAUUCGCACGGACACUGUUUCGCCUUAUCUCAUACUGUUUAUCAAGGAUGCGCUGGCUCCAAAUACCCUGGAAAGUGUUUAUUUGCACGAAGCCCCAGGUCACGAAUCUGCUGUGCAGAUUGAUGCCAUUUACCGGCAUAUUCUGCGAAAGCACAGGCAGAGUCUGCGAAAGGUGUUGAUUGACGCCACUGACCGUAUAAUUGGCACCGGAUAUUCACGUACACGAUGGCACAAGUGGAUGUUCAACCAUGACAUGGUAUCAUUCGUCACGAGUGGAAAGAUGCCGCAGUUGAAAGAGCUGGGAAUGGCGAUGCACUAUCGCGAUUGGCAUUUCUUCCUACAGAGAUUGCCGAAUAUGCCCCAGCUUCGUGCUCUGUAUUUACCACACAUUCACCAAGCCGUCCACCGCUACUUGAAAGAGCUUGCGCUGCAAGUUUUGGACAUCGUCAGCAUACGCCCAGACCUGAAGAUCGCCUACAUUGGUCUGCACAUCAAAUGCUACCAGAUUCUCGAAGCAAGACAUGACGAUAACCCACUAGAUUUCGACGACCACCCGGCGAUUGAUCAUUCCCCAACGCACAGCGAAGAUGAGGAUGAAGGGUGGGCUAACCCCAACCACGCAUCCGAUGAAGACAGCGAUGAUUCCGACGAAGAUGGCUCGGGGGCCGCUGACACAGAUCUCCUUUCCAGUGACCCGGACGACUAUGACACUGAGCCCGACGAAGAACAAGGUGCUUCACGGAUUCGGUACCGACUACAGGAGAUUCUAUUUUACGACGAAAAAGUAUCUAUUUUCAAGGCGCGUCAUGGUGUUUUGUGA